AAGAAAAUGGGGUCGGCGAGUAAACGACGGCGUAUCAACUCACUCGUAGGCUGAUUGAAGUUUGAAAAUUAAGGAAGUCAUAAAAAAGAUUUAUCGAGUCGCAAGCGUUUCUCUGGAGAACGAUUGUAAACUCGGUGAAAAGAAAAUGCGUUGCCAUGACGUAAAAUCUUGGACAUUUUCGGGUUUGGUGGCAGCGUUUCUUGAUCUCUCUGUAGCUUUCUCGCUACUCUGCGCCUCUUCUCUCGUUUAUUUAACCUCCAAGCUGCUCGGUGUAUUCGGUUUGAACCUCCCCUGCCCUUGUGAUGGCCUUUUCAGUGACCCCCCGCAUAAGAACAAGUGUUUCCAAGAGACUCUAGUGAACCUACCUGUGAAAAAGAUCUCUUCUGUGCAAAGAUCCGUGAUAAGUACAACACCUUUUGAUUCACUUCUGUAUAAAGAAGCUGAUGGUGAGAGUCUUGGUAAGAAGAGAAAAGGAGAGCGUAGUAGACACGUUGACUUUGAGAAAGAGGUGGUCUUUAGUACUCCGGAGGUUGAGAAUGCUUCAUGUUUCGAUCUUCUAACCUCGCAGAGUUUAAAGAAAGGAAGUUUUAAAGUUAAGAGUAAGCGUCUCAGCUUCCAUAGGUCGCCGUAUGGUUGCCAAAGUAAGCACUCUCCGCAAUCACCUGCCAGCGUCAUGGAGUAUCUGAACGAUGCUGAGGAAAACCAUCCUCUUCUUGUUAACUCCAAAGAUGGUGGAAAAGACUUGGAGGAUGUUCCGUUAAAGAAAAGUGUCUCACUUUGUUCUAUUGGGUGUGAAGAUGGUGGUGCUGGGAACAAGCAACCAGAGAGGACACUUUCAUGGGCGGGAGAGGGUACAUCCACUUCCCCUGUGGAUCUAACACAAAAGCCUAUUGAACAAGUGCUUGCGGAAGAACGAGCUUCUCAUGCUGCAUUAGCUCUUGAACUGGAGAAAGAGAGAAAUGCUGCCGCAACUGCUGCGGACGAGGCUUUAAGUAUGAUACUGCGGCUACAAGAGGAGAAAGCUUCGAUAGAGAUGGAAGCAAGGCAGUAUCAGCGGAUGAUAGAAGAGAAGUCAGCUUUUGACGCGGAAGAGAUGAGCAUUCUCAAAGAGAUUUUGCUGAGGAGGGAGUGGGAGAAACAUUUCUUGGAGAAAGAAGUUGACACCUACAGGCAAAUGUUUCUUGAGACUGAGCAACCUCUUCCCAACACCCCAGAUUCUAAACAACCAACUGAAUCAUUGGAUGACUCUUCUGGAUUUGAGAUGUUCACUAAUCAGAUGGACAGUCGUAUUCUUGAUUAUGAAAAUGUCGAUUCUCCAAAGCCAGGGGAGGUUGCCAAUGAUGGGGAAAUGAAGGUGAAUGAAGUAGAUCGAGAUCCAGAGAUUGUUAUAGAACAGCAAGAAGGAGAAGAGAGUACUUUACUUUCAGAACCAGUGGCUGAGUCUACGAAGGUUGGUGAGGACUCCGACGACAUUGAUUGCUGCUGUGUACAUGAUAUCCAUGUGGUGAAAGAUGAAGAUAACAAAGUGCAACUGAAUGUUCCUUCGGACCAUGUCGUACGGGAUCUCAAACUGGAUAGAUCACAAAGUGUUUUAGGUACAAGUUAUGGACUUCCACCGGCGUGUCCACAAGGACGAAGGAUCGUGUCUCCAAAUAUGCGCAGAAACUCAAUGUCAGCUGUUGACUAUGAGAGACUGAAAAUAGAGAGUGAAGUUGGUUUGCUGAGAGGUCGUUUGAGAGCUGUACAGAAGGGAAGAGAGAAUAUCAGUUUCUCUUCCAAGGAACAGAGCAAAUCGGUUUUGGGAGAUAAAACAAGUCGGUUUUGGGAGGCUAGAAGAUCGGAACCUAUCGACUCUUCAAGCCCUUCUUCCACAAUGGUAAAAGCUAUGUCUAUGUCAUUGGACCUACAUAGCGCUUGAAAGUUGAAACGACAAGGUAUGAAUUUACUCGCAUAACGCAACACAAAUAUACAGUAUGGGCAACACAUUGUAGUUUGUACAAUGUCUGCCAAACUCUAUGUUGGUUUUUGCUUGGAGAAUGAGAUCUGUUUACAGAGUUUUUGUCUCAAACAUUGUACUAUAAACGGUGUCGUUUCAGAACAAAACAGGGACGCUUUUGUGGUUCUCUUUAAUUAUAAAUGGUCGGAAUACUUUCUCUUUUCCAUUUUAGUGAUAUUUUGUCCUUUUUAUUUUUGUGAUAACCCUUUGAGCAUCGUUAUUGGUGAGAGCACUUUGUGAAUUUAUCAGAAAA